AGUAUCGAGAUGCACUUUUUGAUAUAAAGCUCUCUGUGCGCAGCUAUUAAGGACAGCUUCUCAAUUGCUAUGGUUGCGACUCCGUUGUUGCGCAUCUCUCCCCAGGCAUUGGCUCUGAAGCCAGGCCCAAUUGCGACUCGACGUCUAGGGACUCUCAAAUCAUUGCCAUUGCCUACUCGAAAAUGCUUCUCGACAUCAUCAGCGAAAUGGUCGGAGGUGCUCGAGCGGACGAGGAAUAUCGGCAUCAUUGCCCAUAUCGAUGCGGGCAAAACCACCACCACGGAACGCAUGCUCUACUACAGCGGGUUUACACGCAGAAUCGGAGACGUGGAUGAGGGAUCUACAGUGACAGACUUCCUUCCCGCGGAACGAGCUCGGGGUAUCACCAUUCAGUCUGCAGCAAUUACAUUCCAUUGGCCUCCGGGGUCACCUGGGGACGAGAGCACGGUGACUGUGCAGGAAUCACAGGACAAGUUCCUUCCCAGAUCUGCGGUGCCUCAUACCAUCAACCUCAUCGACACUCCCGGACAUGCGGACUUUACAUUCGAGGUCAUGCGGUCCUUGCGCAUUCUGGACGGGGCCGUGUGUAUUCUGGAUGGCGUUGCGGGUGUCGAGGCUCAGACGGAGCAGGUCUGGCAUCAAGCUAGCACAUACCGGAUUCCAAGAUUGGUGUAUGUCAACAAACUCGAUCGUGAUGGAGCGGUCUUCGGACGGACAGUGAGAGAGGUGGGCUCGAGACUUGGAGGCUGGCCGGCUGUCUGUCAGAUUCCGUGGUUUGAAGGCGGAGAUGGCCGCUUUGUAGGAGUAGCAGACGUGAUAAACCUUCAUGGCUUACGAUGGAGCGACGGUGAUGGCAAGUCUGUGAAGAUGUUGGAUCUCCAGCAAUUGGACCAGGAAGAAAGCCAAUUGGCGGCGGAGCUUCGACGCGCGCGGGCGGCUCUGGUCGAGCUUCUGAGCGAGCAUGACGACGAGUUGGUCGAGAAGUUCUUCGAAUGCGACGAGGAUCACUUAGCGGUUCCGCCUCAAGACAUAAUCAACAGUCUCCGCCGCUGUCUUAUUGAAAACAAAUCGAGUAGGAUCAUCCCCGUGUUUGCAGGUGCCAGUUUCCGCAACAUCGGGGUGCAGCCUCUACUAGACUCCGUGAUCAAUCUUCUUCCCAGUCCCCUCGAGACUGCAGACCCAGAGGUCAGCAUUGGGGAUGUCAGGGGUGGUCUCCGACGACUGCUUUCGGGGGACCUCCUAGUGGAACAGAAUGAGAAAGCUGCGUCCGGCGACAAGAAGCAGAAGAGCAAGAAGAACCUGCAGGCAGAAUCACAGAGUUCCAUCGAGAAACUCCAGGGCUGUGGUCUGGCCUUCAAGGUGGUCAACGAUGCCAAGCGGGGGGUGCUGGUGUACGUGCGAGUUUACUCAGGGUCACUAGAUCGAAACAGCACCCUGUUCAACACCAACCUCAACGUCUCAGAACGUGUGCCUCGUCUUUUGAAGAUGUACGCCAAUGACGCUGUGGAGGUUGACUCAAUCCCCGCGGGUCAUAUCGGCGUAGUGGUCGGUUUGAAGCAUGCGCGGACGGGAGACACCCUGGUGUCAUAUGCAGGACACAAAUCAACACCCCCAGAGCCAUUGAACACCCUCCAACUCCGCCCCAUUGAUGUGCCACCACCGGUGUUCUUCGCUGGUGUGGAACCGCACAGCCUGAGCGAGGAGAAGAAGCUGGAGGAAUCGUUGGCGCUUCUCUUACGAGAAGACCCUAGUCUGCAUGUGACGGUGGAUGAAGAUUCAGGACAGACGCUCCUGAGCGGGAUGGGCGAACUGCAUCUCGAGAUCGCUCGGGAUCGUCUUCUCAACGACCUCAAGGCUAAGGCUAGUAUGGGUCGGAUUGAGAUUGGAUACCGUGAAGCACCACUGGGAACUUCUGCCCCUGUGACCAAAAUCUUUGACAAGGAAAUUGCCGGCCGUAAGGGCAAAGCUGGAUGUACUGCAGUUGUCGAGUCCUGGGAUCCAUACACGGAUGACGCCAGUCCCGAAAGCAACGACAUUCUCUCCAUUACCACACACGAGAACAACCAAAUCAUCAUCAGUACAUCAAACCUGCAAGUCGAAACAAACAAGAAAGGCGUCGAGGAAAGUCCUCUCCUCCCAGCUGGUCUGGACAUCCCAACUUUCCGCGCAACUCUCCAAAACGGCGUUUUCGCUGCCCUCGCCCGUGGACCGCAAUUCACCUUCCCCAUGCACAGCACACGAGUCACCCUCACCUUCGACGCAACUGAACACCUCUACGGCACUGACACCACCGCCUCCGCCCUCUCUUCCGCGGCCCGGCACUCUACAACCGCCGCUCUGCGCACCCUCCUUCCUCCACCUUCUUCUCCUCAAUCAGCACCAGGAACAUUCUCUACACCGGGUACUUCCCUCAUGGAACCCCUCAUGAACGUAAUCAUCUCCGUCGAUGAAUCCUCCCUUGGCUCUGUCGUCCACGACAUUUCUUCCUCCCGCGGCGGCCACAUCAUCUCCCUAGACGAAGACCUCACUCUGCCCACAACCGACCUCGCCUCUUCCCCUACAUCUUCAUACUCCCCACCCCAACAACCACCCGAGGACCUACCGCCCAUUGACACUAGCAAGGUGUACGCCCCCCGCGAUCCCUUUGAGACAACCUCGAUUGGCGGGGGCUCGAUAGGGAACACGGAUCCUGUGUCUGGGUCAGCAAAUCGCCCGCGGACUAUAGCCGCAAAGGUACCGUUGAAGGAGAUGGUCGGGUAUCUAAAGCAUCUGAGAAGUUUAACUGCGGGUCGCGGCACGUUUGUUAUGAGUGUGGAUCGGUUUGAGCGGAUGAGUGCGCCGAGGCAGAAGGCGGUUUUGGUGGAGUUACGGGGUGGUCUUUGAUUUUGAGUGUACGUUAUGAUGGAUUAGGAUUGCAUGAUGUUAUGUCUGUAUUAUAGGAUGUAUGUAUGUCACUACAAAACUGAUAUUCUAGAGCCAUUGGACUUCCGCAACG